CCAGCGAAUACCGUCCGCCAUUUUCACGGUCGCCACAUUAUCCGCGCGGUCACCGAUCCUCUAUUUUCGUUCUACGGUUUUUUUAAUCUGUACGGUUUCCUCACGCAUUAUUUUUGUCAUGAGAUAAACACCAUCGCUUGAUAUUUUGCGCGUAUCGGAGUGGAUUUUAGUGCGUGGUAAGGACCAGUUUUAGCGAACGCGGUACAUUCACGAUGAGCUACAGCAGACCGCCACCUCGGAUUGAGGGUAUGGUAUCCCUGAAAGUUGACAACCUCACCUACAGGACCACUCCUGAAGACCUGAGGAGAGUGUUCGAGAGAUGUGGAGAAGUUGGAGACAUCUACAUACCUCGUGAUCGGUUUACACGAGAGAGCAGAGGGUUCGCUUUUGUCAGAUUUUAUGACAAACGUGAUGCAGAAGAUGCGUUAGAUGCAAUGGAUGGUCGCAUGCUGGAUGGUAGAGAAUUACGUGUUCAGAUGGCUCGCUAUGGACGUCCUACAUCACCGUAUAGAAGACGACGCAGGAGGUCUCGUUCGCCUCGACGUCGUUCAUACUCAAGGUCCAGAUCUCGUGGCCGUCGUUCACGUUCUUAUUCUAGAUCACGUUCACGUUCACGUUCUGGUAGUAAAAGUUCAAGAGGACAUUCAAAGUCAGCCAGUCGUUCAAGAUCAUAGGUGUGAACUUUUCAAACAAUUAAAUGGAGAAAACAACAGCCACAUCAAUAAUUUGUUUACACUAUCAUUAUGAUGAACAAUAUUUCAUGCCAUUUAUAAACCUCUGAAAUAUUAAAGUUCUUUAAUAAAUAAACAAUCAUCAUUUUGUAGCCUAAAUCUGAGUUUUUUAAAAUAAAUAUUACAAUAUUUUAGUUUUUGAAAUAUAAUUUAAACAUUAAAGCAUCAUCCAUACAAUUAUUAAUGUACCUUAUAAUUAUAUUGUAGCUAUGAUUAGGGGCUAGAGUACUAAGUAUAAUAUCUAAUUAGCUUACUGUAAUAAUAAUAGUUAUCAAGUAUACAUUUUAUCCCAGGUAAAAUGUAUACAGUUUUAAGUAUACUCUUUUUCUUGAUCAACUAGUUUUUGCUGUAUAAUGUAAGAGUUAAGAAUUAAAACCUUUAUUUUAUUAUGACUUACUGCAUCAAUUGUUAUGAAUUGAUAACCAUAUUUUUGGUCCAUUCCAAGUGAUGAAUAUUCUUUACAAUUUUGAGUAUCCUUGAAAUCUUAAAUAAAUAUUGGAACUUAACAUACAUUUUAGAUAGUAUUUUUAUUAAAGUAACAUUUAUAUAUUCUCGGUAAUUCAAUUAAUAAAAUAUAUCCUUAUGAAAUAAUCUAAAUGAAUGGCUAAAACUUUUUUUUUAAAAAAAGAUUACAUUGUACUUUGUAUUCUCUGAGUUAGACAAAAACUGGUAAAUACUUGGUUUGAUCAAAAAUUAUACAUCAUACUUUUAAUAAUAUGUGUUUAAAUCCUGUCAUGAUUUUAUGUUCAAUUUUAAUAUGUUAGGCUAUAUUUAUAAUUUAGAGUAAAAUAGUAUAACUGAAUCCUAUUUAUGUAUUUAUAAAUAUGUUCAUGGUUUCAUGGACAAAUUGCUAUUAUUAAAGCUUAAUUUUUUACAACCGAA